UACUUGCAGAAAGGUGUUGAGAUGAGAGACCAGAAGAUGCUGAGAGUGAGGCUUUAAGAUCACCCGAUAGAUCUGAGCACUGGGGCCAUUUCCUGUUAGCAAAGGGGCUUCAGUACACAGACAAAUGUACAAAGUUAAGUGCUACACAACCCUACAGCGAAGCUCAACAAUAAGAAUUUAAGUUUUCCAGACACAUUUUUGGAGUCUCAGGGAAUUUAAUGGCAGUGUUUAAGAAUGCUGCUCUUUUGUGCCUGGCCAUACUGGUUUCCUCUGCAGAGGCCACAAACUUCAGUGACCCCGUCAUCUGCUAUGUGCUAGAUGCAAUUCUGCUCUUCUACUGCAUUAUUUUUACUGCGCUCUACUUUAAACUUAAGUUUGAAAAGGCAAGGACCUUUGCCAUGGUACCUAACAAGUCUGCUGGCAUGGAUCAAGCAGCACCAGAGGAAGGGCAAUAUGAGGCCCUGGUAGGACAGAGAAAUGAUGAAUACCAGGAAAUCCAAAGGAAAACCAAGCCUCGCAAUAAAAAAAACAAAGUCAAAGAGGCUAAAAGCGAUGCAGCAGAAGCAAUUGAGAUGAAGCCUGCUCCUCUUUUACCAGCACGCGAAUGAGGCCAAAGCAUACAGGACUGUGAUCACCUCCUCAAGAAUGUGUUUUUCUCCACUUGAGCAUCUGUACAAAUGUGCACAUUUCCCUCAGUGAAAAUGUACUGGAAUCUAUUGUUCAUUAUGUGCAAUCUUUUUAUUCACUUGCGUAAUGAGGUUUAAUUUAUUAGGCUUUUAAAGAAAAAAUAUUAAUUUAAUUUACACCCCAGUCCUAUUGAAUUCUCAAAUCCAAUUGGUUAGAAGGUGUUGUUUAAUAUUCUAGAAUAGUGAAGCUCAGGGAGUAGUGUGAGCUAAAAGGCAAAUCACAGGUUUAUAUCAAUACUCUUGGCAGUAAUAAUGCAUUUAUAUGGCUGAAUGGUGUUCAGCGAACCUACACAUAACAGCCCCUAAGACCUGAAGCCUGACUAAAAAAAAAAAAAAGCUAUUUAUGAUUGAUGUAGUAAAAGUUCACCAGAAACAUUUAACAUUUAGAGAAGGAAUCUUGGGUUUCAGUACUUUACGAAAAUUUCUGGUAGAAAAAAAGUCAAUAAGACAACUCUACUUUUUACUGUACAGUUUCUUGUUAUUUUUUUCUUUUUCUUUCUUAAUGAUUGUCUUAAUGUCAAUAGAAAUAAAGAGAAGUACUGUAUAUCCGGUAACAAAUUAUUUUAGAACUGUAUAAAAUGAAAAUAUAAGAAAGAAACUUGUUGUAUAGGCAUUACAAAUAGUUAUAAAUCUUACUAAAUGCAACAUAUGUAAAUUUAGUAAUUAUGACAAGUUGUUAAUUUAAAUUGUAAGUCUCUGUAAAAUGUGGUAGCAGCCUACAGAAUACAACAGAUCAGUUCCAAUAUAUAUAUUUAUAUAUAUAUAUAUAUAUAUAUAUAUACACACAUGGUAAAGGACUACAUGGUAAACAGUGGAAAAUGUGGAAAUGAUGUUUAAAUUAGUCAGUACAAACAUGAAACUGAUAGAAUUUUAAAUGUACAAAGUUUAAAUAUAAAUGAGUCAUUUAUUGCAGACAGCUUUCUAAUACUGAUAUAGAAGUACUGAUCAUAACAUUUGGGGACUAAUAUUGUUUGGGUUUCCCUUGUGCUGCUGAGGCACAAGACCUCAACUAGACCUUAGCACUGGCACAUUACAGUAGCAGCAGAUCCUUUGGAUGCUGUGGGCCUCCAAGGACCAAACAUGCUUGUCCGUGCAUACAUUCCGUGCAUGCUCGACCAGAGUGAAUCUGGUGAAGGCCAAAUCAACAACCUUAAUGUCUUUGCCUCCUGAGCCCCUAUAUACAGCAGCCUGUGAUGCACUGGAUGUGCUGGUGCCCUUCUGUCAUAGUUAAUGUUAACUUUUUACCAAUUUGUGCUUCAUUGUAUUUCUAGGGGAUUGGAUCAGACGAGCUGGACUUUGGUCCCCAAAAGCAUGAUCCAGUUACAAGUUUACUGGUAUAUAAUUGAGUUAUUGAACUCAUCUGGCAGUGGUAUUAAUGUUGUGCCCAAUCAGUAUCAUUAUGCUUUGCAGUAGAUUGAAUUAUUACUACAGUAAUAAUUGGAAAAGAAAAAAAAGUGAUUUCAUAUGUCAAAUGCAUUUCUAAUGAAUCAAAUGUUUAAAAAACAUAUGGAGAAAGUUUUCUCCUGCUGAGGCAUGAAAGGUAUGGUAUGCUUUGCUUUUGUACAUUAAGCAACUUUGCACCCAGUAGGGCUCAGAGCAGGGGUGAUGCCCUUUAAUUUGCUUUCUCAGCUAACUCAAAACUGGGAAGAGAGAUUUUAUCUGGAAAAAGACAAAAUUAUGUUCCAUCUCAACUCAGUUAGAAGUAUCUGUCCAUGUAUAAUCAGCAUUAUGGUUUAUGGAUUUUUUUAAAAACCUGGAGGCUACAUGCAUAGUUUUUCCAUAUGAAAAGCCUAUGUGAUUUUUUUUUUUAUAAUAUGAUAAUAAAUGUUUAUUCCAUCA